CCAUCUCAGCUAUGAAAAGCUCGCUCUGUUUGUUAACACGCUGAGCUCUCUCCAAACAACCGGUCACUUUGGCCCUGCCUUACUUUCCUCACUCAUCUGUUCAACAUCAAGCAGCAACCAUGUGCCGGCAUACUCCUACUCACUGAUAAUGCCUAUAGCAGAGCUAAGAAUGCAGCGGACGAUCUGAGAAAGCUCUUGAUAAGACAGCAAACAGUUGAGUCUAGCUGUUCGCUUGGCACACAGCGUUCCUACACACUAGACGUAAUACGAGAGGCUUGUCCCAAGUUGCAGGCAAAGCAAUAAUAGCGCUAAGUAUCGCAUAUCAGUUAAGCAGAAUGCCCGAUAACAACAACAAAUUUUGCGCAUCAAAUGAUGUGCAGAUACCCGCUUGGGUGAAUGAGACAUACUUCAAGAAGAUACUCAAGCAACAACACAGAAAUUUUCGAAAAAUACUACAUCUCACAAUUAUACCAGCCACAUCCCCUGGCGAAAGCUACACCUCAUUGCUAAUGCGCAUUAUCAUUGACAUUGAAAUGAAAGAUGGUUUUACACAGCAGAAAUCGUACAUUAUGAAAACGAUGCUGGCAGAUGCCGAGGGAAUUGGCUUCAUCAAUACUCUGAACAUAUUCCCAAAGGAGAAGCAAAUGUACCAACAGAUUAUACCAGAACUGGAGCAGAUAUAUAUGCAAAUAGGCAUGAAUAUCAAGUUUGCACCCAAAUGUAACUGGGCAGAAAAUGUAAAUGGACGCAUCUCGCUCGUGCUGGAGGAUCUGAAAACAAAGAAGUUUUCCAAUAUUAAUCGCCUUAAGGGAUUCAAUAUGAAACAGAUGCAACGCGUCCUCGAGAAAUUGGCGCAGUUCCAUGCGAGCACUGCCGUUUGGCAUCAGCUAAACGGCCCCUAUCCGGAUGAUUUUAAGCGCACCUACUUACCAGCGAACUAUCAUAGAUCCAAGUCCUAUCAAGCGCGUGUACAAAGCUUCAAGAGAGCCAUGACAACUUGGGGUUUCAGCGAUUCCGAGUCAUACGUACGCUGUAUUCCCACAGCGGAUCAGUUUGUGCAAGCAGCAGCACGUUGCUUUAACAACGAUCCGCAGGAAUUCAAAGUUCUUAAUCAUGGUGAUUUUUGGUCUGGAAAUAUACUGCUCAAUAACACUUUAGCCUGUGAUAUAAAUGAGCUUCAAUUUGUGGACUUUCAGAUGUGUAAAUGGGGCAGUCCGGCUCAAGAUCUCUGGGAGCUUAUCAUAUGCUCCGCUCAUUAUAGCAUACGCAUCAAACAGUUUGAUUACUUUGUGCGAAUAUACCACACACAUCUCGUACAGUGCCUAAAGCUUCUUAGCUAUGCGAAGCCACUACCCUUACUCAAGGAUCUGCAUAUGUGCAUGAUCAAAUAUGGAUUCUGGGGCUAUUCUACUACAUUUACCCAUUUGGUACUUAUUUUAUUCCCCGUGGAUGAAGAAGCGAGCCUUCCCAAGCUUAUGCAGCCAACUGAGGAUGGCGAUCUAUUUCGUUUCAAAAUUUACACAAAUCCUCUCUACGUGCAAGCAGCCUUAAGCAUAUUUCCGUUCCUGCAGAGGCGUGGUAUUCUUGACUUUUAAAAAUGUAUUGAAUCUAAGUAAAAAGAUAUUUAUCAUAGACGAAUUUGCCUUGACUUACAUAU